AUGGGCAUUGGACGUGUAUCGAGAAAUAAGAGAAUACGUGCUCAGCAUGAGCUCAAGUGCUACACCACAUUGAAAACCAAGGACCUUGCAUCAAAAGGGAUGGCUGGGGUUAUCGCAUUUUGUGCUACAGCGCUUGAGCGUGCCAUCACAUUGAUUUCAGAGGGCAAUAUCAAAGUUGAGAACAUCUUAGCAUCAACCUCAUUGUGCAGCAAGUUGAAUAUCAAGCUCUCUAAAGUACUCAACAAGGCCACUGGAAAGGAGACCAGCACCCCAUAUCUGUUUUCACACGAUCUCUGGGGUAAAGAAAACACUGGGUACAUGAAGAGCAUCAAGAAGAAGGGCUUGGACUUCAUCGGAACUACACGUCUCCGAUAG